AUGGCAGACUUGUACUAUUGGUUUUCCCUAAUAUUGACCGCGCUAACCGCGACCCUGGUAUGGUGGAAUAAUAAGAAGAAAAAUGAACUGAAACAUGCACUCCCACAGGGUAGCCAGCACCAUCAUCAAGAGUUGCCGAGCGAUUACAACGACAUCCAGCCUCUGGAAGACUUUGACUUGGACAAAGCCGAGCCAGUACAGACGCGGCCAUGGAAACCCAAGUAUCACCUUACGAUGGGUCUUGAGAAAACCACUUUCUCAGACGUGAUGCCUAUUGACAGAACUCUAGAGGAGAGGCUUGCUCUUCGACGGAAAAUUGUGAAUGAGCAUUCCGACAUGGUCAUUGCCUCUGAACCCUGUUCGGAGACUGCUGUGAAAGAGUUUUAUGUCUGGAUGGUUAGAACAUACCUACCUCGAAGAUAUCCGUCCAUCUACCAUUCCAAAGGGGACACGCUUUUCGGCCCAGCGUCAACUAAACUACCCCUCAAUCCGCCGAACGACGUCAAGACAAUGCUCCACCUGCUUGCCGAGAACAUCGACGCAGAGCUUUUCUUUCUUCAGCGGCAAGGUGACACUUACGUUGCAAAAGCACUUAUACUUUGCUAUGCCUUCUCGUUCAAUCCAUCCCUCAAGUUGAAUAAAACCUUGGCCGAGAUUCAUGGACCCGUUCCUGGCUAUAAAGAAAAGCUUGAGAGACCCAUGAACCGCUACUUCGCCUCCUUACCAAAGGGUAAAAUAGUUAAACGGCACAACUGGAACAUAGCCCUCGAUCGUGACCUUUUUGCUCCGCGGGAGAAUCCUUUGACAGUUUUGCCCUUGUGGUUGAUGGGUUGGAUUAAAAUGGUUCUUGAGUGGCUAGGUAUAGAGGUGCUGAAGAUGAAGAGUGCUGAUCUGGACCCCGAGCAAAUGAACGUUCGAUGUGAGAGGCAGACACUCCAUAGGUUGAUUGAAAGUGAGGACACGUUGGUGUUUGCAUUCAAGACAUACCAAUACCCUCUCAGGCAGAUUCGAGACGAAGGUGGAGGACCGGCAUUGGCUGAAGCAAUAAGGGGGAUUAAGGACGGUAGUGUACCUGCAAUCGCGUGGUACAAAGCAUCAGUCUAUUGGGGACAAGUUGUUGUGGAGUAUCUUCUUGGUGGAAGUUCUGACUAA